UUUUUUCUUUUUAUAUUUCCUUUUACGAUCUUAGAGGACGACGGGAAAGAGCGACGUCGACGAAUUCGACGAAGGAGGAAGAUCUCAAGAAGCAAUCUUUCAAGAAAAAAAAGCCCCAGGUUUCAGCUUCAGCGAAGAAAAUUCUCAAAUGGAUGGUGAUGGGGAAUUUAUGGAUGAAGAAAGUAUUGUUAACAUUUGCCAAGGGGCUGCACUAUCUGUUUUUGUUAUAGUAUUUACAUUCAUGAGGAGAAUGCAAUCUAGGCAUGGAUCAAUACAUAGUGGACCAAGUGAGGAAAAAAGAAAACAAAAGAGAAGUAGAAUUGAACACAUUGAGUGUUUGGAUAGGUGGAUUGAGGACAAGAGAAUCACUUAUGCUAAGCUUAGGGAGUACGCCAAUAAAUCCUUGGUGCAUUAUGAUGAUCUUGCACUCAUCAUCGGGGAGGAUCAAGCUAGAGGGGGCUUUGCUAACAAUAUUUGGAAAAAGUUUAGUCAUAGCGAGCCCAUUAAUCUUGGAGAUGAUCUUGACUCACCUUUGCCUACCGAUCAAUCCCCUCAAGUGCACACUUUAGAUGAUGAGGACACUCCUCGACCUAAGGAAGCACCCACCUCAUCAACUUCUAAGGCAAAGUCAUGUGCUAGCAAGGGAAAGGUUCGUAGGACCAACCUAGAUAAUGAGCUCAUGCAACAAAUGGUGGAUAAGAUGAAAAUAUUUAGCGCAUCAAUGAAGUUUGUAAAUAUGCAUUGGACCGAAAAGUUAUCCAAUGUCGUAUAUGCUCAUUUACAAGACUUUAGUGUUGAUAAGCUAGAUGCAUUCUACCGUCGUCUCUUUGUGAAUGAGAAUGAAUCAAGACUUUUUAUGGGUAUAUCUCCAGUUGGUCAAAAGGAGAUGAUUAAUUCAUUCCUGUUCAGCAAGGACCGAAGAACGAUAUGAAUAUGGAUUCGUGUGGUAUUUUGUGAUUCUCACUUCUCACAUGCUUGUUAAAUCCACUUGUUUUCGGUGAAAGACUAGACUUACUUAAUUUAGGGGGAAAAUAUUUGAUUUUGAACAAUAUGUCGACGCUAUAUUUUGGGUUUAUGGAACAUUAUGGUGAUGGAACAUAUUCUUGUAAUAGGUAGUAAUUAUUUAUAUGUCUUUCAUUUUAGUUGUGCUUUUACUUUGA